CGUACCUAAAGUUGUAGACUUGGAAGUUGGAAGCAGAGUGAGAGCAAAGAGCGAAUGGUUAAAACAGCCUAAGUUGCCCAACAAUCUCUCAAAUGUUCCAUCACAAUGCGCCUGUCUUCUUCAAAUCCUCUUCUCCAAGCUUGUCUUCGCCAUUUCAGCUCCAACACAAAUCUCCCAAACCUCGCCAAAAUCCCAACAAAAUAUCGCCCACAAGCAAUCAAAGAAGCCCAAGAAAUUAUCACAGACUAUCUCCACACAACCAGCGCGCUGCCCUUUUCAUAUGCCGAGUUCAUCAGCAAAAACUCCAUUAAUUCUCUCACUGAAUUAGUUUCUAAGGUACACUUUUCAGCCGUUCAUUUCCGUAAGACUUUUCAGAAGUUUCUUAGGUAUAAUCCUGUUCAUGAAUUUGGCUUCUUUUAUGAGAGUAUUGGGAUUAAUUAUUGUAAAAUUAAUGAUUUUUUGAAGCCAAAUGUUCAUUUUUUCUCUGAUGAUUCAACUGUUUUAGAUGUUGCUUGUGCUCUUGCUGGAUUUGGGGUUCCUUGGAAUAAAUUGGGGGAUUUGUAUGUGGCAGAGGUUUCGAUUUUUGAGAAGGAACCUAAGUUCUUGGGGUCCAAGUUUAAUGGGUUGUUAGAAAUGGGGUUUAGUAAUGAACAAGCUGCUGGGAUUUGUUUGGGGUUUCCCUAUUUAUUGAAGGGGGAAGAGGUUGGAUUAAGUGGUCAAUUUGAUGAAUUGUUGGAUGAAUUGAAAAGGGUUUUUGUUGAUUUUGAUUUGGGGGGUUACUUUGUUGGAAAUGUGGAUGUUUGGUAUGAGGUUUGUAGGAAGUUUAGGGUUUUUUAUGACCUGGGUGUUGCAAAUGGAACUGUUGCAGAAUGGAUUGAUAACAGUUAUGCUGUUUUUACUGAUUAUUCAGAGAAGGCUUUGGUUGAGAAGGUGGAGUUCUUUUGUAAGUUGGGUGUCGGGAAAACAGAUGUUGGUUUGUUGCUUCUUUCCAAUCCGGAGAUUUUGAGCAUCGAUAUCGAAAAUCGUGUUGUUUCUGUGUCAGGAUUUUUGAAUCACUUUGGGUUGUCGAAGGAAGAACUUAAAACCCUUAGGGAGAGAUACUCGUAUGUAUUUGAUCGGAACAAGAUGUGUAAUUUGCCCCAUAUUCUUAGAGCCAUGGAUCUUCAUGAAAGGUUCUUCCAUAGAAUGAAGUCGGGGGAGUAUCAGUUGUUAGCUAAUUAUGAUUUGAGUAAUUCUGAUGAAGGUGAAGACGAGAUUUAUUUACAGAAAUUGGAGAGCAUCAAAGGUGUAAGAACACAUGGUUAUUCACUAUGUAAGUUGAAUUUUUUACAUGGCAUUGGAUUUGGAGAGAAUGGUUUCACCAUGAAGCUUUUAAAAGAUAUGCAUGGUUCUAGUAGUGACUUACAAGAGCGAUUUGAUCUCCUACUAAAUGAAGGCAUUGAGUUCUCCAAACUCUGCAAGAUGAUAAUUUACACACCUAAAAUUCUAAAUCAGGAUAGUGACAAUCUUAAGCAGAAAAUUGACUUCCUUCGCCAAGAAAUCGGUUUAUCUUUGAAGUUCGUGGAGACUUUUCCAGCUUAUUUUAUGUAUAAUCUAGAAAAGCGAAUUAAACCCAGAUACAGAUUUCAUGUGUGGCUUACUAAGCAGGGGUGGUGUAAAAAAAAGUACACAGUUUCUGGGAUUUUAGCGAUUAGUAAGAAAGGUUUCUUGGAGCAACUUGCCUGUAUACAUCCAACAGCACCCCAGUUGUGGUUGGAGCAAUGCGAGCAAAAGAAGACCAGUGAGUCCCAAAAGAAUGUAUCAUAAGACACUUUCCAGUUUAGAAUGUAUAGUGGGGAAUGCAAGUUCUUGAGAAGUUCUUUAGCACUUGACUUGAUUGUUGUAGGUUCAUGUUGUUCUUUAGCACAACAUAUAUACAAAUAUUUUUGGCCAACGUUAAAGAUAAUAGGAGGUCAAUUCUUUGGUUCUAGAUUCAGUUCUAUUUUCGUUACCUGAUUCAUACAAGGGUUAGUAUUUUGUGUCUUUAACAGAGAGCCUAUCUUCUUCAUCAGUGGCAAUUCAAUUUGGCAGAUCUGUCGUGAAACCUUUUUCUGCCUGUUGUUUCGAUGAAGUUACAUGUCUCUCAAAAUUUGCUGUGAACAUCUUGCAGUCUGCAAAGGCUGUCCUGGCUGGUAAAGUCCUGGAACGAAUUGCUGGAUACCAAAGUAGGUUGUUGCGAUGUGGAAAUUGCUGUUUAUGGACAAGAUCAGCCGCAGUUAUUGAAGCAACAGGAUGCAAGUUGCAUGAGCUCAAAUUUUAACCACUAUUUUGAAAUUGUACUGCCUCAGUUGGGGAUUAAGAUUGAUUGUCACAUCUUCCCAACUCCUUGUUAAUAAGGGAUUCAACCAUGAUUUCAGAAACGUGACAGUUAUCCUCUACAUAUCAGAAUAGUGUGUAUGUCUUUUACGUUUGGUUGGAGACAUUAAUCAUAUUAGGACCAUUAACUGUAAAGUUCAGGCAUGACACGUCUUUGAGCAGGAUAAAGAUGCAGUUGCUGAAGCUGCUAGGGGUUGUUAGUUGACUAAGAUUUGGAGGUGCAUCAGGUGAAUACUUCAGGCAUUAAAGGCUGUAAAAUAAACUUGGGAGAUCUGCUGACUAAAGCUACAUUUAACGCAUGGUGUGCACAACUUCCAGUCUUUCGGUUCCUGUUCCAAGUGUCAGAAAUUUUGCUUAGCCUCAACUUUUUGUCCUACGCUUGAUUAUCAACACUAUAAUACCAAGUAUUAGAGUUUGUUCCUCAAUAAUGUUAGUGCUUCUUAGAUUUUGCUGGAAUCUCCAAAGUUCCUCAAAGGCUUCCUGGUUCUGGCAUUAUAUGCACUAUUAAAAGAGUGAUUCUAGAGUUUUUCUAUUUUUGUAAUGUGCUUGUCAGAAGUUGUUUCAGAAACUUCAUCACCAACAACAAUUACAUAAACAUCUUUGCAAAGUUGCCAUCCAGAUUCCUAAGCAUGGUCAUGUAUAACUUUAUAAGUCUAA